UUGUGAACAAUAUAACACUUAAACCAUUUGGAUCUCAUUUUAUUUUCAUCUUGAUUGUUGAUUAAUCAACAACUUGUUGUCAAUUUUUAAAUUGUUAUCGACAAUUGAAUUAAAAGUUUCCUUCAGAUUAUUAUUUACUUUAAUUCUUGACCAUUCUCAACCCUUAAUUGUCAGCUUAAUAGUGAAAUUUUCGUUUGGUUGAUUAACUUGUUAUUGAUUAACCUUCGGGAAAGUUGUGAUUUACCUGAUCACUUACAUUGUAUUAGUUAAUCACCACUGUCCUUCAUUUAAUUACCUGAGGAUUAGUUGAUUGUUCAAUUUAUCACCAACAACUUGUAAUCUCAUCAUUAACAUAGUGAAUCUUUUGCUUACACAGAUUAACAAUUAACUAUUUUAAUUGAACAUAACCGAAAUCAACUUUCCUCCGAUUGGAUUGAAAUUGAUUUCGGAUUCUUUAAACUUGUUAACAUUUAAAUCAAAGUUUACAAUUUAAGUUUCGUCAACAAUUAUGACCUUGUCGUUUAAAGAAAGGUUAAUUUACACAAUUCGAUUGCCGUUGUUGUUUAUUGUUUUUCUAUGGCAAGAUGUUUAUUGUUACUUUAAACGCAAGAAAACUGACCCGUCGAUCCGUUUGGACGGUAAAUUAGCUCUGGUCACUGGUGCUAAUCGAGGGAUUGGUCAGCAAAUUGCUGCCGAUUUAUAUGAAAGAGGUGCCCAAGUGAUUCUCGCUUGUCGCGAUUACAGUUCAGCGUUAAAGGCUUGUGUUGAAAUCGCCAAUGGUCAAGAAAAUGAUCCUCGAUUAGUCCCAAUCAAAUUAGACUGUGGAUCUUUUAAAUCAAUUCGUGAAUCUUGUGUCCACCUUUUGUCCACUUACAAUCAGUUGGACAUUUUAAUUAACAACGCUGGUAUGGUUGGGUCAAAGGUGAAAACUUUCACCGCCGAUGGAUACGAGGAAACUUGUCAGGUCAAUUUUCUGGCUCCGUGUUUGUUGACUUAUCAUUUGAUGCCACUUUUAUCUAAAUCAACUUUCGGUGCUCGUGUUGUUAUGGUUACAUCGGAAUUUAAUUUACUUCCAAUUGGAUUUAAUUCUGAUCUUUUCGUCCAAUCAUCUCAAGCUUAUAAUGGACUAAUUAACUAUUCAAUGUCCAAGUUUGCCCUAAAUGGAGCAGUGAUCAAACUGAUUGACCAGUACAAGGAUAAAACCAAUGUAACAAUCAACUGUGUCCAUCCGGGUUGUGUUAAAACAGAUAUUGUCGGCCAAGGGUCAUCGUGGGUCACCAGGUUAAGUAAUCGAGGUCAACAAAUGUUCAGAGGCAUUUCAAUCAAAACAGGAGCUCAGGGACCUCUUUAUGUGGCUAUUGACCCUUCACUGACCACUACAAAUGGUCAGUAUUUUAUUGGUGGACACAAAUUCAAUCAAAACAAACGAUUGUCCGAUGAAAAGAUGAUCAAUACAAUUUGGAAUUUUUUAGAACCAUGUUUGAUUCCUCUCGAUCCCAAUCACAACAAUUAACGAGUUAAUUUGUUCCUCUGUAAUAACAACUUGUAAAUAUCAAUUGGAAAAUAACUUUCCAACCAAUUUAAAGCCAAUUAAAAGGUUGACAACCAUUUUAAAAAUAAUCACAUU